GAGUGAGUGACACCGUCGCUGUUCCAUCGCCUCGUGCAUUUCUUUUUAAUAGUGACCAAUUGCAGCCUUUGAUGGAAGGGCUUGCGAAUCGAGUGGCCACCAGUCACAUGCUUCAAGGCCAAAACAUUGCUACUUCGGCUCAUUAUGGAGGUAUAUCUCUCCAACAGACACCAGCGGACAAGAUGCCCCCUCCUUCUUACGACGAAGCCCAGAUAACUGUUCAAGCGGUCGACUUGCAACAGCUUUCAAACAUGGAGGCGGAAAAGCAAGCAAUCUACCGCCAUCCUUUAUUGCCUCUUUUGGCGAAGUUGUUUGAAAAGUGCGAGCAGUCAACUCAAACCUGUGAAUGCACGCCUGCCACGGCAUUCGACAACGAAAUUAAGAAUGGAAUUUUACAGAUGAACAGGGAAGGAAAGCCUUUCUAUACGGAAGAUCGAGAUCUCGACAACUUGAUGGUGAAAGCUAUUCAAGUACUCAGGAUACACCUACUAGAGCUGGAAAAAGUAAAUGAACUUUGCAAAGAUUUUUGCCAGAGAUACAUAGCUUGUCUGAAAGGGAAGAUGCAGAGUGAGAACCUGUUGCGUAGCCCUCUUCAAUCAGCAUACUCUCCUGCUGUGAACGUGUUAAAUGCAAAUGUGCAACAACAGCCAACCACUCCAAUCCAAGCACAACAACCAACAUUUCUCCCGCAGCAACAAAUCACUUACUAUACCCCAGCAGUGGCUCCGUGCACAAUAGCAAAUGCAACUCCUACAGCAAGUGUUAUUGGUUCUCCUGUUCAACAACAAGUUGCAACUGUUGCAUAUGUUCCACAAGGAGUGGCACCCAAUCAACAGAUUGUCAUAGCACAGGUUCCCCAACAGCCAACCGUGCCAUCAACAGUCACGUACAGCACAGUACCAGCAACUGUAACAUACACCACAGUGCCAGCAAAUGUAACUUACGUCAGCACACCAACUGUCGAGACUGUCACACCACCCAGACUGCAGACACAUUCCUCCGGAGAUGAAUCUCCCACAGAAAUAACAGUCCCCUCCAGUGUUCCUCUCCCUGCCCUGGACUCACCAACGGAGGUCACUGAUAAAAAGAGAACUAGGAGAGGAGUGUUACCCAAGCAGGCGACAAACAUUAUGAAAAGCUGGCUUUUUCAACAUCUGGUGCAUCCGUACCCAACAGAGGAUGAAAAGAGGGCUAUUGCGGCACAAACAAAUCUAACAAUACUUCAAGUGAACAACUGGUUCAUAAAUGCUAGACGUCGCAUUUUGCAACCAAUGUUGGAUGCAAGCAAUCCUGAAGGACCUAAAGCCAAAAAGUCUAAAAUCCAGAGUAGGCCUGCUCAGAGAUUUUGGCCCGACACUCUUGUUCCCAGCCAGUUCAACACCAUUCCAAUAGCUCCAGCUCCAGUGACUGUCCAAGCUGCUAUGGUGCAGGGUGCUGUCCAAAUACAAGCAGUACCUCCUGGUGUGGCCCUUCCAACUGCUAUAACAAUACCUAAUGUCCAAGGUACCACAGUCAUACCAGGUACUGUCACUUUGCAACAACCUGCAGGGACACCAACCACAAUGGUUGUUGUCACAUUACCUCCCUCAGCAAGCCAUGUCACCACAGUGUCAGCAUCGGAAAGUUCAUCAGCAGUCACAACACACCCAACGAUGAUUGCACCAACUGUGUCAUCACAAGUUGAAACUGUUUCUGUAAGCAGCUUGUCUCCCAUGUAUUCUAACAUUCAGCAAGGCAGUCCAUCUCUUCAGAAUUCUCCAUUGCCGACCAUGGUUCAAAAUGGUGGGGAGAGUAAUCUUGUUAGUUCUCCACACCACAUGCCUGUCAGUUCAAGCGUUAGCAUGGCUGGUGUUCAAGAUAAUCUGGUUGGAGUUAACACCAUUUCACUUGACUCUGCUGCAGUUUCCAGAGGUUUAGUGAACUGAGUUAGUCUAGUUAAUGUGAAUAAUGUCUUUGCAGCUUAGAGUCCCUUCUUUCCAAUUUUUUUUUCAUGUAUCUCUAAGUCUGUAACCAUCUUAAGAGAAUUGUUAGCCAUGGUAAUCUCUACUUGAGGGAAAUUGUGGUUUUGUUGAAAAUGGUGUAAAUGUUAGCUUUGGUACUCUGUUUUUUUUUUUCCUCUGUGCAUUAUUCCAUUUCUGAGCUAUCUUUGUCUCAGUUUCAAAACCAGGCUUGUUAUAAAGAAAGUCUACAUUUCAAUUGUUUGAGUGAUUAUGGCUAUGCAAUUGAAACCAUCAUGUUAACCAUUUGACCUUCAAGAGUGACAGUUUUUCCUUACAAUAUCACACAUUAACGUCACAAGAGUAAAAGAAAUGAUUGCCAGCUUAAGAAGCUCUUCAUUGUGAAACAAAUUCUCCUUGUCAGCACCUUAUGAAAUAUGUGUAGAGCAGUAUGGAGAGUAUGCAUGCUUGUUUUGAAACUGAGAUGAAUAAGCUCAAAAUGGAUGCACUGAUGGCAUGAUAGUCAUUAGCCUUGCCUCUUGUGGGAAACUGAAUGUUCAUCUGGUUUUAUACAUGCUGAGUAUAUGUCUUGAGAACUGUGUUAACUUCUGGUUAGUAACUGUGGUCCUUUAGUCAUGUUACAUGCUUCUUAUGUAGUUUAAACUUGUGAGAAGCAUGUUGUAUGCUGAAACUGUAGGAUCUUGGGUAUAUGUAGCAGUGUUUUGAAGCAAAUUUAAAGAGCUUGGCCUCACUUUGAGUCUAAUCCUAGAGGAGAACACUCAUCACUUAUGUGAUACUUGAACAGCAGAGUAAGUAAUAAUUUAAUGCCCUCAUUGGUGAGUGCAGGAUGUUCCUUCACUGUUUAACAGUGUUAUAAAUUUGUAGGGAGAACCAAGGCCGUGGUUCCUUCUACAGGGAAAGAGUUAAACAAAUUUGAAUGUUAGCAAUCCCCAAAAUUGCAAAGCUACAAGAGUUGUGAUACAGUGUUAGUUGUCUUGGUGUGUUUAAGUUUGAAUUGUUACAAGAUCAUUAUUGGUUGUGUUGUACCAUGCAAAAUGCAUGGUUGUUCCUCUUGUUAUUAUUACCUUAGCUAGACAUAUUUCUUUUUAUGAAUCAUGCCAGCUGGUAAUCAGUCCAGCAGGUGUGAUCAAAAUUUGCAAACAUAUUGCGUUCAACUUAAGACUAUGAUUUAUAGCUGUAAAAAUUAAGAGGAGAAUGAGAGAUUUUAUAAAGAAAUUAAUAGCUCAAACAAGUAUAAUUUUAUAAUGUAUAUUAUUUUAUGGAGCUGUAUAUUGCUGUUAAAUUAUUAACAAGUGAAUAUUUUAAGACUUAUUGAUGUUUGAUAUUUGGUUAAACAUUCAGGUAUAUUUUUAGUUAAGUGAGAC